ACGUAAAACGUCAUAGUACUCAUUUCCCCCAUCUUUGUUUUCUUAGAAAAACUGCAACUGUCAAACGGUUAUGGCAUUUAUCGCCGGCCCAAACAAAAUUUGAACAAUUUCCAAAACGAUUGUUUUUAUUGUAAAUGCAUAAAGUCUUGCGGUUACUAACUAAAAGCUUACCUGGAAUUAUGUCUGCGCAACGAUCAAUUAGAUAUUUUCCAAAUCCGAAACCUGAUUAUCAAAGGGAGACAGGAACACCCGUAAUUCCCAUUGAAGACUUGAAAAAAGGCUUAAAUGAAAUAUUAGAAAAUAUCACACGUCAUAUAAAACCGAUAGAGAAAAACGGUGGAAAUGGCAUAUAUCUUGGAGCAGCUGGUAUUGCUUACAUGUACUAUCACUUGAGCAAGGUGCCCACACUGGAAUCAAAGCGUAGUGCCUUUCUGAACAAAGCAGUUGAAUACCUCAAACCAGCGCUGAUGGUGGCUUCUUGUACAGCACAUAAAAAGAAAGAUGUACCAUCCUUCAUAUUGGGAAAUUGUGGGAUCUAUGCUGUGGCAGCCUCUAUAUUUCAUGCUACAGGGGAUGAGGCCCAAAGCAAACAAUAUAUUCAGAUGUACUACGAGGCCGCCAGUAUUUGCAAAGAGUUUAAUUUUCUGAGCUGUGGGUCUGAUGAGCUGUUUGUGGGAAGAGCUGGAUACGUUCUAGGAGCUCUGUGGAUGUCAAAGGAGACAAACACGCCUCUCCCACAACAAGAAAUUUACGAUCUAUGCAAAAUUAUCGUUCAAUCGGGGCGCAAUUACUCAAAGCGUCACCAACUUCCUUGCCCCUUGAUGUACGCGUACUACCAAGUAGAGUACUUAGGAGCUGCUCACGGCCUUUGCUCAAUCCUCCAGACACUCAUCUCUGUACCUGGGUAUUUAGAGGCGUCACCUACUGAUGCUGCUGACAUCAAGAGAAGCAUUGAUUACUUGUUGUCAUUGCAAGGUGAUGAAGGCAAUUUUCCAGCGGCAACUGAUGAAAUAGGCUACCAACCAGAACUCGUGCAUUGGUGUCAUGGCGCAGGAGGGACAAUCUACCUGAUGGCGAAGGCCUAUUUGGUGUUCAAAGAAGAUAAAUAUCUGCAAUCUUGCGUACGCAUGGCUGAUUUAAUUUGGAAUAAAGGAUUGUUGAAGAAAGGCCCUGGAUUGUGUCAUGGGGUAGCAGGGAAUGGAUAUACUUUUCUAUUAAUGUUCAGGUUAACUGGAGACGUUAAAUAUCUGUACAGAGCCCUCGAAUUCUACAACUUCAUGAACAGCAGCGACUUCAAAAAUGCGGCACGAACACCAGAUAAUCCUCACAGCUUGUAUGAAGGCUUGGCAGGAACUGCAUGUUACGUGGCAGAUUUGACACAUCCAAAUACCGCGCACUUUCCUUUUUCUGACGUUUUUACACUAUGAUGUGUUGAUAAUGGAUACCGUUUUACCAAAAUUGAACUGUAUAUAUUACCAUUUUUAUGUUUCAUAAUGAAAUACGAAGUUUUGUCAAUGUUUCAUCUUCACUGUGAUGUAUUUAAAGAUGGUUUUUUUUCCAAAAUUAAAGCGUUUACAUAGCUUG